AUGUCACCCAUUCAGGGUGCGCUCAGCAUCGAGAACAUGCGCAACCUGCUGGCGUUCGUCGCGUCACUGGCGUCGUGGAAAACCCUUGCUCUACUUUUGGCCCUUAUCAAUAUGAAAAACCUCCCAUUCUUUUGGCAUUUCCGUCUGUUAUACCACUUUGUGGGGAACCUACGUCUCAAGCCCAAUGCACCUCUAUUUCCCAAGGGCAAGGCUAUUGUGGAUGCACAGGGCAAACCCACACAUCCGGUCUUUGUACCGUACGGGAUCACUUCGCGGACCCCAUUGUUGGAGACAGAUUACAAUAUGCAUAAAUCCAACAGCACGUAUUUCACGGACUUGGACGUGUCGCGUACGGCGCUAGUGACUCGCCUUUACAGUCCUGGUGUUGGUAUCGUCAGUAAAGAGCUGGAUCAGGAGUUCCUGGAGGCUAGUAAGACGGAAGGAAAGCGUGCGCCAAAGCGGAAGCCCAUCAUUAUUGUGCUUGGGUCUGUGUAUUGCAGCUUCAAGCGUGAGAUCAAACCCUUUGAGCUAUAUGAGAUGCACUCCAAGGUCAUUUCCUGGGAUAAGAAGUGGAUGUACAUUCUCACGUGCUUUAGGCGACCCGCUAGCAAGCCUGGUGGUGAGAAGACGCUGCUGGCUACUGCCUUGAGCAAAUACGUUGUCAAGAAGGGCCGGCUGACCGUGUCGCCCGAGAGACUUCUGCGUGCGAGCGGCUUUAUUCCUGCGCCGCCUGUGGAAAGUCAGGAUCAGACUCCACUGGACUCAUCCGCUGAAGCUUCCGCCAUCGGAACCCCGGCUAGCGGUGAGGAAGGUAUCACAGCCACAGGCGUGGAUGGAUCUCUGGUGAGAGAAGUGUUCAAGAUGGGCGAUGAUCAGAUACCCAAUCCCGAAGUGCUCAAGGAACAGAAGAAGUCUAACACGGACGCUUGGAAUUCUGAAGAAUGGAGUUGGGCGCGUAUCGAACAAGAGAGGAUCCGGGGAUUGGCAGUUGUGGAGGGUUAUGUCCACCUGGACGAGAGACUGCACCAGGAGUGGGCACAAUAG